CUUUUUUAAACCUUUGGAUCCCCCACAAGCCUUUUCAUUCUGUUUGUUUCUUUUAAAUCCUAUAUUGUGCCUAUAUUGUUAUUUUCAAUCCAUUGGAGACCUAAGUUACUGUUAUUCGAGACGGCUCUCGUCGAUUCCAGAAAUAUUAUAUCCCGUAACGCUCAAAGAACGAUUUCUUUGAAGUCGCAGCCAUGCCUCCAAAGGCAACGAAGAAGUUUAGUAUCGUGUCUUGGUACGGUGGAAACCAGGUGACGUCGGAUAAUGUGUCGAUCCAGAACGUACUAAACUACAAAGAAGACGAGCUAGAAAGUCGCCACGACUUCAUUCAGCUCAUUUUCCCUCUACCAUGGGCCAGUCAGCAUGCCAGGAGAGACGUGAUGGCCACUAAAGCACAAUUUAAUAUGAUACGUGGAAGUGGAAAUGUCGGCAGGAACGUUCGCGGAAAUAUGUUGACGGCCUUGCAACACAUUCUGGCCAUGUUUGAUCUCGAGCUCACCCCCACGAAGUUGUGUAAAGCUCAUGGCACUGCUCUCCCUUGGGCCCGCCAUCGUAAUAAAGGACGACGCAUCCGCAGGAUCACGCCCGUUGAAAACGAUGGGAAAGACCACGCUGCUCGCGAAGCUAGAUUUCAAGCUCUGGCGAACCCUGGUAACCACCACCAUCGUCGCAUUACACGGAUUAUUCGAUCACUACGGCUCGCUGGCCGGGUCGAGGACGCGGAUUCGGUAUAUCGCUUCUUUCGGAGAUUUGCGAGAGAGCACCCUACGAUCCCACGGAGAACCUUGCAGAUGUGGGGUGUGGCUGCAAAUUCGGCGUACCUAUAUGUGGACCCGGCAGAAGAAUAUAAAACUGCUCCGGAUGAUAUUAAGGACGGAGAACCAAGCGACAGAGAGGAGGAAGAGGAGGAGGAAGAGGAGGAGGAGGAGGAGGAGGAAGAAACCCCAAUUGAAGGCGGAGGGGGUGGUGGUGUCGGAGGCGGAGGGGGUGGCGGGAGUAGCGGGGGUAGCGAGAGUGGUAGCACGUCCAGCAGCGAAAAAGCGCCUUCAGAACAUGGCGGUGAUGGUGGUGGAUUCGGACCCGGAGGCGACACCCCUCCUCCUGUAGGCCCCGACGAAGGGCAACCACCAACGAUUGGGGAUCCCCGCAUGAGCGAUGAAGACGUUCAGAAGCUCACUCCCUCGGAAAGGGAUCUUCACCACGCACGUAUCGAGCACAGGAAACAAAACAUGGAAAUCGAGAUUAAGUUGGAGUAUCGCAAUGCCAAUGGCGAAUGGAUAGCCGUGGAUGAGGAUUCCUUGACGAUGACCUUGAUCGAUUUGCGCAUAUGGCAGAUCGUACUUAGGGAUAAGGAAGAGGAGCGGCGAGGCGAGGAUGCAGUAGAGCGUCGCAUUAAAGAAGGAAGAGAUCCAUAUGAAUCGUCUUCAGACAGUAGUGAAGAAGACGAAGAAAAUGAUGGCAAAAACUUUCUCAGAGCCGAUAUCAAGAGGUUUGGGAAAAACGGCAUGAGUGCUGAAGACCGUCAGAAGCUCGAACCCUGGGAACUUAAACUCCACCUCGCGCAAAUCGAGCACCAGAGCGACUACCUGGAAAUCGAGGUUAAGUUCAAGUUCCGCGAUGGCGACGGCUUUUGGAAAGGCCGGGGACCGGAACCCAUUACGAUGAACUUGCGGGAUCUGAAGGCGUGGCAGAUCGAGAUCGACAAGCUUGAAGCGCAGUGGCUGGAUGAGGUCAAUCGGGGAGACCGCAGACGGUCGGCAUCUUUAUCGACCACGUCAAGUCAAGAAUCAGACUAUGAUGUCGGAGACCCCAGAAUGAGCGAGAGAUGCUAUGCGCAGCUCGGAGCUGAGGAUCAGGAAAGACACCACGCGCUUAGGGUAUACAUUGAGACAUUCAGAGAGCUCGAGUACGUGCUGGGAUUCCGCGACCGCACCACCUUCCAAUGGAUAUCUGUGCAUAUGGACCCCGACGACUUGAAUCUGGAUGAGUUGGAUCUGUGGAGCGCCGAGAUGCAGCAGAUGGGAGAUGCAUAUGUGGCUAAGCAAGAUGCCGACGAAGCCGCCGAAAAAGCCGCCGAAGAAGCCGCCGCCGCCGCCGCAAAUCCACCUGCUGUCCAGUCGCGGCAGAGAAGGAAACGAGUGCGCUCACCCGAGAGCAUGGUGGACGAGGAAUACAUGGCGGAUAGAGUUAGGAGGGGCUUGGACCCGUUUGGCGACUCCCCUGAGGCCAUAGUUUGGAAGGCUAUGUAUUUGCAGAGGGAAAAGGAGUGGGAAGAAAAGGAGGAUAAGAGGUUGGAGAAGGAGAGGCUGGAGGAGGAGAGGCUGGAGAAGGAGAAGGAGAAGGAUAAUGGGAAGGAGACAGAGAGUGAUGACCCUGGAGGACAGCUGAGGACGGAGGAGGCGGCGAGGGCUAUGGGCGCGAAGAGUACGAGGCGCACGGCACCGGGGAAGUCUAAUUCGAGCAGGUCCAAGAGGAGAAGGGUGGCGUGAUGGAGUGGGUGCUUUUUUGUGAGAAUUUUCUAUUUUUAUUAUGAAGCACCUUUUUUUUUUGGAGGGGUUUGGUUUUUGCUACUACUGCUGAUGUUGUUACCACUUUUGUGCCGGUUGUAUUUUUCCAGGCUUCUGUAGUCGGACCUUUUCAUUCCCUUGUCGCUGCCGCGUCUUCCAUUCUCUUUAUCUGACGCUUUUGGUUGUUGUCAGGAGUUGGGAUUUCCUUUGGAUGGGAUUUGUGGAUGUCAAUAAUCCAUUGAGACGCGCGUGUUUGCGUUUGACGCCACCUUCGUUUUGGUCUUGCCAGAUAGUCAGUUCACGCGCGGAUAAAUAGGACGUCUGUUUAGGAAG